CCAUGAAAUGUUGCCGUGGCAAUUUUUACGUGAUAUUUUUGCUUUUCUACAGCUUAUUAUCACCUUCUUGUGCUUGGGACAACGAUGACUUUGAAAUAUUUGAUGUUGUUGAGGAUGUGAAUGAAAACUUUUAUGAAUUGCUUGGAGUGAAACAGGGUGCGUCAGGUAGUGAACUCCGCCGAGCAUAUCGUCAGCUGGCCAGAGAACUUCAUCCCGAUAAGAACAAGGCUGAUAAUGCUGAGGAGAAGUUUCGACAGCUCGCUGCCGUUUAUGAAAUAUUGAAAGAUGAAAAUAAGCGGAACAAGUACAACGAGGUCCUUGAGCAUGGGUUGCCCGACUGGCGUCAACCGAUCUUCUAUUACCGUCGUGUCCGCAAGCUGGGACUCCUGGAACUGGCUGCACUCCUGUUUGUCAUCCUGACUAUCGGACAAUACUUUGUCAAGUGGGCCAUGUACUUAGAGAAAAAGUUGGUUAUGGAAGAAGCGUUCACUAAUGCAAGGAAGAAGAAAGACAAGAAGAAGCUGAGGUCAAAACAGGCGAGGGAUGAUGCGGAGGAAGAGGAGGAGUUGGCUAAAGAACAGUUCCUCAAUCUCCUGCCUAAACCACAGUUUCGAGACCUGAUGCCGUGCAAGCUUGUCCUGUUCAUCAUUCACGUGGUGACACACCUCCCUGAGAUGUAUCAGAGUUACAAGGAUUACCAGCAGGAGAGGAAGGAGCGCCAGCUACAGAGACUGGAGGAGGAGGCUGAGGAGAGCAGUGAGGAGGAAGAGGUAGAAGUUGUAAAAAGAAAGCCCAAGCGUCGCGUCAAGCAAGAACUACCAGAAUUAGAUGAAGAGUUGUAUCGAGAGAAACCAGUUGUUUACAAUGAGACCAAGGCAUCGUUAGAUGAGAAUGAUGAAGAGACAACAAAAGAGGGUGAAUGGAGCAGAGAAGAAUACGUCCUGCUUGGCAAAGCUGUUACCAAGUUUCCUCCAGGGACGGUGAAGCGCUGGGAAAAAAUGGCAGAGCUUUUAUGUCGGCCUGUCUCCGAGGUCAUAGCCAAAUCAAAAGUUCUUAAAAAUACAUAUGGGACGACGAUAGACCCUUCAAUGCAAGGAACGACAGGCCAUGAAGACUUUUCCAAAUCCGUCCAGUCCUCGAUAUCAGAUGGGCAAAUAUCAACAAGACUUGACCUAGAUAACCAAAAAGACAAAAAUACUCAAGAAGAGUCUCAAGUUCGACGUCGACAAAAACCCAAAAAUCAAAAAGCGACAGAUAGAACUUUAGCCGUUUCAAAAUCAGAAUCUCAAAGUUUUGAUGCCAAAAUGAAUGGUACUACUGAUGUAGCUGGUGCUACAGGGGGUCACACUGUGGCCAACGAUGAGAGGGGUGAUGAGGUGAAAGUCUGGACACAGAACCAACAGAAAGCAUUUGAGUGGGGCCUGGCACAGUAUCCGAAGGGAACGCCUGAUAGAUGGGAGCAGAUCGCCAAGGAUAUCACUGGGAAGACCAAGGAUGAUUGCAUUGAAAGAUUCAAGUUCUUGGCCGAGAUGGUGAAGAAGAGAAAGCAAGCCCUGGCUACCAAAUAAUGAGAUGUUUGCUAUGCUAUAUUCCUGUGUACAGACACUAAGUGAGAGGUGAUAUCUCACUUGAGAAACGUCUUCAGCUAAGUUUGGGAUCAUAUUGCACAAUGAGCAUGUACACUACUUCUCCCUUGUUUACAAACAGAUCACUGCAUUAAAGGGGGAAUACAGGCAGGAGCUAGGGGGCCCAGGUGUGGUAUCUGUUAGACUAAUGUGCCCAGUUUAGGGGCUGGGAGUGCUCUGACAUGCUGAGACAAUAGGAGAACCUACAAGGAUGGAGAGUGCUGAUGUAUUGUGAGAUACCAGAGACACCUGUUGGCCACCUCGAGUAACUUAACCAUACCCACCUGGCUCCUGCCUAUAGUCCCCCUUUAACAAUUCAAACAAGCACUGGACCUUUGACAUUCUGCAUGUAUUCAGUCACACCUUUUCAGUUCAGUUUCCUGUAACGAAGAAUGAUGUCAACAAACCUUGAUGAUGUUGUCCUUUCUAGAACCAUCACCCUGCAUGUUAGUUUAUCAAAGUUUUGAAGGCAGAAUGUGGGGGGAGGACAGGGAAAGUCAUCUGAGACCUGACCUGAGUUAAAGAGACGUCCUUGAUGAAAUGCUAAUAGGCCAAACCUGUCUAAACUUGUGCUUGAAUGUCUUGAAUGUCCUCGUGUCUAUUUUUAAAGGACAGCUUGUUAUAUUUUAAGGCGAUUUUUGUUUGUCAAAUAGAAGUCAUUUAUGGGUUUGACUGGGGUCAGACGAUAACCCGGUUUCUGAAGUGGAGCAGAAAUGGUGUAGGGCCUACCCACUUCAUGAAAGGUCAUUGUUGAGUGUCCAUCAUUCAUUGAGAUAUGUAGGUAUUCACAAAUCAAUAGAAAGGUGUGAGAAUCUGACUGUGCUUGUGCAGUGAUCGUUGUGCCACUAUUCAUUACCAUGUCAAUUGUGAUUUGAUGGCAUGAAAAUAUUGGUAAUGUGAAAUGUAAAAUGCAAUAUAUAGUGUGAUAAAACUACUGAUGUGAAUGUUUUGGCGAGAUAGAGUGUUGGCUGUGACAUCAUUGGUGUUGAUUGAGAAUGUUAAAGUAUGAAA